AUGUCUUCCCAACAAGAAGGCGUCCCUCAUGCGGCUCGAGGGGCUAGCGCCACGCCUCCCCCGUUGGCAUGGUUUCCCCUCGGCUACAGAGAAGGAUUCAAUCAGUGGUGGGCGAGUCUACCAGCCGCCGCAGCUGAACAUAAAGUCCUAUCCUAUCUUCCCUACCUCCAACAUCAACCUCCCACUCAUUUGCAAACCGGCAAUAAGACGGCCCCUCCGGGCGACGAACUGGGGAGUCUACAGUCUGCGGACCACAGUCAAGAAGGCGAGGUGUCCGCCAAUUCUCUUGACGAUCCGUACGGUCCUCGACGAUGGCGCUCCAGCAUGGUGGAACUGAGCGGCAAACACCGGGCUCUCAACGAAUUUUCCGUGGAGAGAGUCGGGGAGCAAGCAGAUCAACAUCUGGUGAUGAUUCACGGAUACGGGGCCGGUCUGGGAUUCUUUUACAAGAACUUUGAGCCUCUGAGUCGGUUGCAAGGGUGGCAACUUCAUGCCCUCGAUCUGCUGGGCAUGGGUCGCAGCACCCGGCCCGCGUUUCGCAUCAAGGCGAAGAAACGCGAAGAUGCUAUCAAAGAAGCCGAGGACUGGUUCAUCGAUGCGCUGGAGGAGUGGCGUGUUAAGCGCAAAAUCGACCGAUUCACUCUGCUGGGUCACAGCUUGGGUGGCUACAUGGCGGUAGCCUAUGCUCUCAAAUACCCCGGUCGUUUGAACAAGCUCAUUCUUGCCUCUCCGGUAGGCAUCCCAGAGGACCCGUAUGCGGUAUCAGCGGAUAUGCCCGAACCUUCAGAAUCGACCAUGGCCAAUGAGGUCACCCAGGACCAACGCGAAAUCACUGAGCCCGCUUCGUCGGUGCAGAAAGGAGACAACAACAUUCUUCUAAAGGGAGCUCCUACAAGUGGGCCUGAUAAUCGACCUCCACGCCGAAUGGUACCUAAGUGGUUUGCCUACCUUUGGGAUGCUAACAUCUCGCCUUUUACUCUGGUGCGAUGGGCAGGGCCCUUUGGCCCACGGCUAGUGUCGGGUUGGAGCUCUCGACGCUUCUCCCACUUGCCUGCCGAAGAAGCAAAGGCGCUUCAUGACUACUCGUAUUCGAUAUUUAGCUUACGGGGCAGUGGAGAGUAUGCCCUCGCAUACAUCCUCGCCCCAGGAGCCUUUGCCCGCAGUCCUUUGAUCCGCCGGAUUGAAGGGGUUGGCCGGCAAAUGAUUCAAGCCUCGUCUCCGUCCUCAUCCUCGUGGGAGCCUGCCGAGGUCAGAGACUCUUCACCCCCUCAAUCGCCUUCUGGUGCUGCCUCCGGUCCAAGCUCGACUGUUUCACCCCCGUUCUUGUCCGUGAAACGGGAGAAUGGCUUGCCCAUUGUCUUCAUGUAUGGUGACCAUGAUUGGAUGGAUGUCAAAGGUGGCCAGGCGGCCCGGGCGAAGCUCGAGGAAGAGAAAAACCGCAUUCUGAGCACGGCUACUCCGGAGGAGCGUGAAUCCGAUAAUGGCUCGGCUAAAGUGGUGGUCAUCAAAAACUCGGGGCACCAUAUCUACUUGGACGGUUGGCAAGAGUUCAAUCGCAUAAUUUUGUCGGAAAUGGAAGAAGUAGGCCGGAAAGAAAGAGCGAAGAAGCCGUGA